GGCCCCCCUGCUCGCUCCGUCCUCGAGGGCGGGGAAGAGGGCAGAAGGAGGCGGCGCCCGGAAGGCACCCCGGCCUUAGGUACAAGCCCAGCAGCUGUCGCUGUUCUCAGUGCCGCCACCGGCCUGCUGCUCUGCUCCCUCGCAGCCCCUCAGUCUCAGCAUGCUUCCUCGCCGCCGCAGCCUCCUUUCUUGCCUCCUCCUGCUGCUGCUGGCCCGGGGGGCUACGAGUCAGGAGGAGAAGGAGGCGGAAGCAGAAGAAAGCAAAAGCGAAACUCCGCUCCGGACGCUGCAGCUGGAGACCUUGGUGCCGCCCCCCGAGGGCUGCGCGGAGUACUCGGCGAUGGGAGAUGUCAUUCAGAUCCAUUACACGGGUUCUCUGGAAGAUGGCCAUAUCAUUGAUAGCUCGAUUUCCCGUGAUCCGCUGCAAGUAGAGCUGGGCAAAAGACAAAUCAUCCCUGGCUUGGAACAGAGUCUGCUGGACAUGUGUGUUGGGGAGAAACGGAAAGUUAUUAUCCCUCCUCACUUGGCAUAUGGCAAACGAGGCUCCCCUCCUGCUAUCCCAGCUGAUGCAGUCCUACAGUUUGAGGUGGAACUGGUAGGGCUGUCCAGAGCGACAUACUGGCAAAAGUUGCUGAAUGAUGUGCUGCCCCUGUUAUGCAUUGGGCUUGUCCCAGCACUUCUGGGGCUUAUUGGCUACUACCUCUAUCAGAAGACCAAGACACCCCCCAUUUCCAAGAAGAAAUUGAAGGAGGAGAAGAGGAACAAGACCAAGAAGAAAUAAAAAGCUUCCCUUCCCUUUUCCA